UCGAGUUUCUAACGCAGGAAGUAAAAUAUCCACACUUCUACUUGCUAAGCAACUGUUGAAAAAUAAGCAGUUCCAGAUAACACGUUCAAUGUACAAUAUUCCAAUUAUAAUACUUCAACGUUUCCUGACUAGUUAAGUACAAGUGUUGCUAAUGGCAGCUGCAGUGGAUUUUCGAAGCCAUGUUGACCAGUCGUGCAGAUAUUCGGAGGAGUUUGUCAACAUUUACUAUGAUUGCGUAGAUAAGAAGAGAAGGAACCUGACUCGACUGUACUUGGACAAGGCAACCCUGGUGUGGAAUGGAAACACUGUGUCAGGACUCGAUGCCCUGGGCGAGUUUUUCGAGGCACUGCCUUCGAGCGAGUUCCAAGUUCAUACAUUGGAUUGUCAACCAGUUCACGAUCAAGCAACCCGAGGCCAGAUGACUUUGCUGGUAGUGACCUGCGGUACCGUCAAGUUUGAGGGCAACAAGCUGCAUUUCUUCAACCAGAACUUUCUUUUAACGGCUCAAGCGUCGCCUAACAACGAGCAGCCUGUGUGGAAGAUUGCAAGCGAUUGUUUCCGUUUCCAAGACUGGAACAGCUGAGAGUCUCGGCUAAAUUGUCAAGUUAGCAUCUUUUUUUUUUAAUAAAGUGAAAAAUACACAAACAUUGAAUAUGAAAAGAUAUUUAUUCUCAGGAAAGGCUUGACAAGUGCGUGAUCAUAGUGGAGUGAUAAUGUACAGAAGUAUACAAACAAGUUCAUGAAUGAGUGUUUCCUCAAGGAUGAGCACAUAGAAAACACUAAUGAUAUUAACAUAAUCAUGUUCCCCUUUUACCAAAAUGUUCCUAAGCCUGGUAUAUUACAGUCAGCUUAAAGCACGUCCACGAUCCACCUUGAAGUAAGCUGCUGCAAGAGAAGCACCUUGAAGUGGCAGUUUCAUUUAAUAAAUGUGUGCUGAUCUUC